AUGAGGUCUACCUUUUUGAUUCUCAUGGCCGCUGGUGCCCUCGCCGCACCUCUGAUUGUUGAGCGCCAAAGUGCUCCUCCACCACCUGAUGGUAGCAUUCCUCCACCACCACCAGACGCUGGUGCUCCUCCUCCACCACCACCCACUGGCGUUCCCAUUCCACCUCCACCUCCACCGGGUGGUGAAGUUCCCCCUCCUCCACCACCUCCAGGUGGUGGCCGAGGUGGCCGAGGUGGUGGUCGCGGAGGUCGUGGAGGUCGAGGAGGAAGAGGAGGCGCCCGAGGAGGAGGAGCAGUCGGUGGUGGUCCUCCACCACCACCAGUACCUGCUCCAGGUGCUCCUCUAUCGCCAGCACCAGCUCCAGGUGCUCCUCCACCAGCACCAGCUCCAGGUGCUCCUCCACCAGCACCAGCACCAGGUGCUCCUUCACCAGCACCAGCUCCAGGUGCUCCUUCACCAGCACCAGCUCCAGGUGCUCCUUCACCAGCACCAGCUCCAGGUGCUCCUUCACCAGCACCAGCUCCAGGUGCUCCUCCACCAGCACCAGUUCCGGGAGCUCCUCUACCACCGGCACCGGUUGAAGGUGAUCCCCUUCCACCUCCUCCCGCUCGCAACUAG